AUGUGCGACCAUCGCAGGGAGCGCGAGGAGCGGCUCAAGGCCGCGCCAGCAAACGAGGAUGGCGCCGUCGAGUCGCGCGAGGUCAACGGCCAGGCGGCAGUGAAGCGGCUGCAGACGAGUUUUGUGGAGAGCGGGGUGAGUGCGGCGCUGCUGCGCUAUCUGAGCGACACGGGGCCGCUGCUGCUGCAGGACUCGUGGGACCUGCCGCGCAGCAACGACGACGCUGAGGCGGCACGGCAGCAGCUCAAGGCGGCCAACAGCGACGCACAGGCGAUGGCAGACAAGAGAUGCGACGCCCUGCGACACGCGUGCGAGCAGCUGGGGCAAGAAGUGGAGAGGAUGGAGGAGCUCCACGUGGACGACCAGCUCAGCGCGCUCUCCAUCGAGCUGGCAGCGCUGGAGGAGGCGGAGGCGGCGCUGCAGCAGGCGGAGGAGGCGGCGGGGCUGGCGACGUGCAGCGCACAGGGCGAGGGCUCCGAGGCGGCGCAAGUGGCGGCGCUCACCCGAGUGAAGGCAGAACUGGCGGCGUCGCUGCAGCGCUGCGCCGCCGCUGAAGGGCUCUCCUCGCACCUCGCUGCUGCUGCUGCUGCUGCUGCCACACAAGCGAGCGAGGAGCAGAGCCACCCCGCAGAGAGGCACACGAGGAGCGCCGGCCCAUCACCCACCGCCACAUUCAGUGGCACUAGCAGCAGCACGCAGCAGACGGCAGAGCAAGGCAGCCACGCGCAGGCAGCAGUGCAGCAGCUGGCGGAGCUGCUGUGCCCCGCCGCCCUCACCGCCCAGACUGCCCGCUCCCUCUCUCUGCGCCUCCCCCUCCCCUCCCCCCACUCGCUUCCAAGCCCGCCACUCACGCGUGAGGCAGCCGCUUCAGGCAGUGCAGCAGCACGCGCAUGUGCCCCUGCCACGGGGAAGGCAGGGCUGCCUGCUGUGGUGUUGGGCGGUGCAGGGGAGGGCAGCAUGGGGGAGGGCAGCAGUGCGACAGUGGAGGUGGCUGUGCUGCGUGGAGGGCACGUUGCUGCUGCAUCCAUUGGAGCCCCAGGACUCCCCCAACGCUCGCUCCCUCUGCAACCCUCCACCCACGCUGCUGACAGCGCCACAGGGGCCAACCAGCAGCAUCCAGGCGGAGCAGGAGUGCCGGUGGCAGCAGCAGUGGCGGAGGCGGCCUGUCUGCUGCGCCUGCUGGUGCUGCGCCGGGCACACAUGGCAAAUGCCCUCGCCACCGCGCCCUUUCCCCCCCGGUACAUGGUGGAGAUGGCGGGGGAGGGCGCAUUCAAGGUGAAGUGGGCCAACGGGGCCACGCUCACCCUCACCGCCUGCAACGACUGGCCAAUGCCAGGCGGCCACCUGGCAGUGGCUGACGUAGAGCUGCCCCACACAGCGCAGUCGGGCGAGGAGAGGCAGCAGCUGCUCUCGCUGCUCUCCACGGCCGUGGGCGACGCACAGCGGCAGGAUGACACACCUCCGGCCCCUCCGGCCCUGUCCGCCCUGGGCGGUGUGAUAGCAGCGGCAGGGGCAUGCCUGCGCAAGGCCAUGAUGGUGGCGCUCAAGACAUCGUGA